UGAAACAAAAGAAUCAUUCUGCAAAUCAAAUGGCUCUUGCCCGUGUUUUUACAAAUAUUUUGCCUGAAAGUAUGUCAUAAAUAAAAGUCUAUAAACAGUGAAAGCAUUAAUGUAUCGUUUUAAAACUUUCAGGGACGUUUUCUUAAGCAUCAAAUAAGCUGUGCUCACAACGGCUUUAAAAUGGCGCGUUUAUUUCGUAUGUUCUAAGCCAAUUUUUACAACACAUAUUUUUGUUGUUUUUCCACUUUCUCUCAAGAACACAGAAAUUUUCUUGUGCUUUUAAUGUUUACAUAUCCUCUAAAUAUGAUUAGCUAAUAAAAUUAACAAGCCACAUAGACCUCAGCCUUCAGGAAAUAUGUAUUUAAAUGGCUUUUAAAAAACGUAAACAACCCAGUAAACUUUUCCUACUGCAUAGUUUCAAAGGAUACGCCUUUAAUAGAAAUUUGAAUAAAAUUUAAAUGAACGAUUUGUGAGUUGUAUCUUCUGUUCUUUUAUACCUCCAUGGAUAAAACAAGGAACACAUGUAAUUUGUUCGGCAUGUCUAUUUCUCUAGAUGCAAAAUCAAAACACAUGUCAAAUAGUCGAAAACGUAAACUUGGAACUGCCAUAGCACCUUCUGAAGAUCUUAUUAACGAAUUUAUAAAAUCACAGAAAACUACCACAAAGUCAAAGCAGUUUAAUAACCCAGGAGCUGAUUUGGAAAACAAAGCCAUAAAAAGAUCCAGACAUUCAGAAAUGGUUAGCCCAAGAAAGUUUGCUGCGAUCAUAUGUGAAGAUUCAGAAAAAUGGGGAGGACAAGACUAUCUUGGAAAAAAAAUUAUUGAAAUUUUUAGACAAAAUGAUGAUGAAGUGUGGGAGUAUUUUAAAGCUUGUUCUGAUGAGAUUCCUGAUAAAAAUAAGUUAGCAGAUUAUGAAGCUUUCAUUGUCAGCGGCUCGCAUUAUUCUGCCAAUGACGAACAUCCCUGGGUUCAACACUUAGAAACUUUUUUUAAAGAUUUGUAUCAAUACCAAGAACUGUCAACAACAACAAGCCCGCCAAAAUUAAUCGGAGUUUGUUUUGGUCAUCAAUUAAUUGGAAAAGCUCUCGGAGCACGUGUGGUUAAAAACGUUGGAGGGAGGUUUAUUUUCAAACCGGUUCAUAUUAACGUCACUGAUACUUUAACUAAAUCUGAAUAUUACAAAGACAAUUUUCAGAGUAAUCAUUCUUUGUCGUUGUUUCAAUCCCAUAGUGAGGAGAUUAUUGAUUUGCCAUGUUUCGCUGAAUGCGUUGCGAGUUCAGAUAAUUGCAGGAAUGAAAUUGUGAAGUAUGGAGACUCUGUUUUAACAUUUCAAGGGCACAUGGAAAUUACAGAAGAUGAAAUGCUCGAAAAGAUUCUACCAGAUAUUAAAAAAGCGAAUAUCUUUAAUGAAGAGGAAGAACAAGAAAUGUUCCAGGCCUUAAAAGAGAAAGGUAGCGAUAGAAAGAAGGUUGUUGACUUGAUAAAAUCAUUCAUGUAUUCUGGACAACACGAUACAUAUACAUAAUGUCCGUAGCUACCAUUUUAAGUAUAUACAUAUAGGUUCUAUAAUUUUAUACCUGAUAAUUUAAAUGCACGUUAUGUUCGAUUAUAUUUAUCUCCUAUGCCGUAAAUUCUUGAUUAAGCACUGUGGCGCUUAUUCAAGACUAGUUUUUUUUAGUGCUGCACUUAAUAGUGCUCCGCUUAAAGGCAUGGCUUGUUCAAAAGAAUCAUUUUAGAUCAAUCCAAAAUAAUCCUUAGAAUAAUAAAACACUACAAGAUUGAGUAGUUUAUGGUUCAUUCCCUUCUUCAACAUCUAAAUACAUUGUUUGAUAAAAGAAGAUCUAUAACAAAAAGUGUCUUCUUUUUUUGAAAUGUCCCAUAAUUAAAAAAGGCCUUAAAAGCGUCACAUCUCAAAUUUAAGGUGCGGCACUUAUUCCAGGUUGCGCUUAUUAAAAAUUACUGCGUUUUUACCAGGGCGACGCCUAAAAAUGGAUUUACGGUAUACAUAUUUUUUUAAACUGAUCAGAAAGAUAUCAGCCUGGAUGCAGCCUUAUUCUUUUCUAAAAGCCCUAUAACUGUUAGUGCUUCUGGUAUCUUAACCUUUUUUGAAUUUUAUGUUUUUGCUUUGACGACUGGGUAUUGGGCAUCAUCGAGUUGGUAUUUUUUGUUGGCAGCGAAAGUUGCAGUCAAAUCCUUUAUUUUGAAUCGUGUAUAUCAACUUGUUUGCAUAGCUACUCUCAAACUUUGUAAAAAAAAAACAAUCUUAGUGGUUUUUGCUUAUCUUAGUGGUUUUUGCUUAUUAUAAGUUUCAAUUAUAAAAGAACUAAAAUUUAUAAAAAUGUUUUAUCUGUCGUGUACUUUAAAUAAAUGCGUUUAAAA